AUGAUUAUUAACAUCAUUAAUUUCAGGGUGGACCUAGACACGUUGGAAAUACGGGCACGGGUUCAGUUCCCGCAUUUGCACUUCGUAGGAAAGUACAGUGUUGAUGGCCAGAUCUUAGUCGUGCCUCUCAAGGGGAAGGGUACCAUGACAUCUGAUGCUGUGAAAGCUAAUGCUGAACUAGUGUUGAAAGCCAAAACGGAAAAGCGGGGCGGUGUCGAGUACAUAAAAUUCACCAGUUUGCAGACCAACAUCAGCGUCAAGGACUAUCAUAUACGGCUGGAAGGACUAUUUAAUGGAGACAAAGUUUUAGGUGAUGCAACUAACGAAGCUAUCAACCAGAACAGAGGCGACUUCAUGCGCGCAGCGAAACCUUAUGUAGAAGAUACUGUAUCAAAACUAUUUUUGGGCAUGGCAAACAAAAUAGUUGAUGGUAUACCGUUCAGCGAUGUGUUUCCCGCGCCGUAA